AAAACCAAAUACUUGAUCAUAUAACGUAGACUUAAGCGUAUCUUUCUAUAAGAAUCGUAUCUUGUCGUGAAAGUGUUAAAUUGAAUUUGACUAAAUUACAUUGGCUGAAUUUCAAACUUUUUAGGAUAAAUUAUUGGAGGAUAACCUAAAGGAUGAGCUUGACAUUUGUUCUGCUGUUUAGUCUCGCAUUUUCUGGACUCGUUUCAGGAAUAGAAUACUUUUCAGAUAACAUAGAUGUGGAUGCAAUCAUUAAUAGCGACCGUCUUUUAAAUCAAUAUGUAAAUUGUAUUCUCGAUAAAGGUCCCUGUACUGCCGAUGGACGUAGUCUUAAACAUUUUCUCCCGGAUGCAAUAGCCACAACUUGUGAAAAAUGCAGCGAAAAGCAGAAACAGACUGCAAGAAAAAUAAUCAAAUAUUUGAAAGAACAUAAACCGAACAUUUGGGCAGAAUUUCUCGAGAGAUAUGAUCCUGAUGAAGAACAUGUUGCAUUUUACAAAGAAUUUUUGGCACAAGGAGGUGCUUAAAUAAAGAUUUAAUCUUUACUUUGUUAAUUUUUCUGUAUAUUAGGUAUAAAUAAAUUUCUUUUAGAAAU